AUGGAUUUUAAUACAUCUCUCAGCCAAGCAAAUGGGAAUUUAUCAAAUUCAUGUGCACGAGAAGACUUUGCAGGAAAAGACUCGGUGGAUCAGCACAUGUACCCAACUGCCUAUUCUCUCUUCUUUAUUGUGGGAUUCCCAGCUAAUUGUCUGUCUCUGUAUGUGGCCUGUGUGCUGAUGAGGAAAGGGAAUAACCUUGCAGUGUACUUGGUCAACCUGUCCAUCUCUGACUUGCUCUACACCAUCUCCCUGCCAGUGUGGAUGGAGUUGGCUCUGCAUCGGCCUGUAGGCGAUGUUGUCUGCAGCUCAGUGGCUGUUAUUAUGUAUAACAGCUUUUACGUCGGCUCCGGCCUCCUGUGUUGCAUCUCGUGCGAUCGCUACCUCGCGGUGGUCUACCCUCUGCGUUUUAACCGGGUCAGAGAGACGCGGACUGCAGUAAUAGUGAGUAUGGUUGUGUGGUGUGUGGAGAUGGUCGUCCACAUUAUUUUGCUUUACCACACGGGGGAGCUGCAAGAUUUCUCUUCAAGACGCAUGUGUGAGGAGAAAACGCCCAUGACCCAGGCUUAUGCCAACAAGGCCCUCAUACGGGUCGUCUUUGGUUUUUUAGUCCCUUUAAUCAUCAUGACUUUCUGCUUCCAGCAGAUCAUGCAGUCCCUCGGACAAAGCCUCUCCAUCCUGGCUGUGGAGCGCAGGAAAGUCAGACUGCUGCUGAUGCUCCUGCUUGUCACCUACCUGCUGGCCUUUGUGCCCUACCAGACUGUCAUGUUGCUCAGAGCUUUGAUGGAACCGUCGGGAGACUGUUACUGGGCCAGGACGCUCAGAGACCCUUACAUAGUGUUGGUGGCUACAACCACACUCAACAGUAUGUUAGAUCCUAUCAUAUACUGUCUAGUUAGUGAGAGUGCACAGACCGAGAUAAGGAAUGCGUUGGAGAAAUGCAAGAGAGUUUUAUGGAUAAAGAGAUACCGAAAUACCUUUCCAAGAGUUAAUUCAGUUUCUUGA